AAGCCGGCGCUUGAUUUAUAGUGGGUUUUGGUGGAUUUAAACCGCGGCUCAAAUUCUUUCAAUUCCAUCUCUGGAUAUAUAAAGUUGAACAUCGGCAAUAUUUUUAUGCUGAUCCGCUUUGAAAUGUAUUCCGCCUAUGAUGCCUCAAUAGUCUCAAAUAACUUAAUAUUGAUGGAUUAAGUCUGUCUUGAAGUAAACAUAUACUUGGAAAUUAAAAUUGUAUCAAUAUUUUCCGAUACCUGUUUACAAAUUAGCUGAAACUUGUCUCACACUAUAAUGUUUUCGGCAAUUGCUCAGUUGCUUUAAAAGAAUUUCUUUGUCUUAUAUGAUGGCUUGUCUUUUCAGAAAAAAUGACGACACUGCGCCAGUUUACUUGUGACGACUUGUUCCGAUUUAACCCUGUAACCUUGGACCCGUUGACAGAGAUCUAUGGAUUAGGGUUCUAUCUCCAGUAUAUGGCAAGAUGGCCAGAACUUUUUAUGGUUGCCGAGUCCUCUUCUGGUGACAUCAUGGGGUACAUCAUGGGAAAAUCAGAGGGCGUAGGAGAGAAUUGGCAUGGUCACGUGACUGCCGUUACUGUCGGGCCCGAGUACAGGCGUUUAGGUUUGGCUCGGAAACUAAUGGACGGAUUAGAAGUUAUAUCUGACAAAAAGAAGUGCUAUUUUGUUGAUCUCUUUGUCAGGGUAAGCAACAAAGUUGCACUUACUAUCUACGAAAAAUUAGGCUAUACAGUUUACAGGACUGUUCUUGAAUACUAUAGCGGAGAGACUGAUGAAGAUGCAUACGAUAUGAGAAAAUCUUUAUCCAGGGACAGAUUGCAAAAAUCAAUGAUACCUCUGCUUGAACCAGUUCGUAUAGAUGAUCUGGAGUACUAGCACCAGGGAGUUGUGCUAGUACUUUAUAAUAUACUCCCAACCUACUUUUCUUUUACUUUUGUGCUCCUAGUUCAUUCUGUUCUUUGUAUUACAGGGGUGUAUAUUUUGUAGAAAAAUCAUUGCCCACGCUUUUAAAAAAAAUAUUUUUAUCCCAA